AUGCCUGCCCUCCUAGAGCAGUGCCAGGCUCCUAUAUAUCGACUGGGCCUUCCAGGAGGCCAGACAACCCUCGAAACAUCAGACCGUCGUACCGUUCACUUCGCACCGGACAGCGGGGAGUUGCAGCGCCCACGCCGGUUCCCUAACCGUCAUCUCGAUCGUCCACGAACUCCGAUGCCCCCUCCACCUACCAUUUCCAUCACGAACGUCGCCGAAGUGGCCGAAGAUGAGGUCGUUGCCCCGGUCUCUGAAGGAUCCGAACCUCGAAAGCGUCGCCGCUGGCGAUUAGUCCACAGUCUAGUCCGUGGCUUCAGGGGGCUCUUCGCUCGCAAACGAAAGCCUACUGCGUCGUCCUAG